UUGCCUAGCAACUUACGACACUUUUAUUCAAAAUUUGAGAUAUUUCUUGCGAUUUAAACCACUUUAAAUGAAAACUAGGCUAAUUGAGUUGAUGGAGAUAUAAAACGCAUUAUAAGACAAAAUGUCGUCGGUACGACCAUCUAAGAGUUCCCAUGGCAGACCCUUUUCUGCCAACCGUACCACAAGUAGUCGGCCUUUGAGUAAAACCAAUUCAAAGACAGGCCAGAAAUAUCCCGAGAUAAAACAAAGAGGAUUUUACUCUGACAUAUUAGGACAAGGUGCCAGUGAUCAAUUGGGGAAUAUCUUGACUGGCCCAGAGACAGCACAGGAUACUCUAUGGAAUGUUGCCAAAGAACAACACACCCCAAAAGUGACAACAUUUCAAACUCCUGCCAAUCUCAAAGAUGAGCUUGCAAAACAAAACUAUGGACCUUCAACAGAAAUACUGGACAUAUCAGACUUUCCAGAAAAAGCAUACCAACCUAAAGUGCAGCUACCAUUCUUUACUCCUCCAGGAGAUUGCCCUAGAAAAAUAGAAAUUGAACGCAGAAAACGCGAUUAUGGUAGCCAAGAUAUAAACAUUCUCCUUGAAGAUGAGGGAAUACAAAUCGAUCAGUUAAUGCCUAAAAAGGAAUCUGAAAACAAUAAUGUUAUUUUAAAUCGGGAUCCAAAUGAUCCUGCUCCGUUUCCUCCAUAUUUGCCGUUGCAUGUAUUUGAUAACACUGAGUUUGAUUGCCGCACCCCCAUGGAGUGGAUCAUGUUAGGAAUUGAGAAUGGAGUUCGGAAACCUGUCCCAGGGAGAGCCCUGCUACCAACAAAUGACAACUGUCACCAUUUGGACCCAAGAGACCCAUCAAUAGAGUACCAGUUCUAUGAUGUUGGUGUCUUAGACUACAGAGAAGAUGACAAAUGUUUCUUAGUUCAGAAGGUCAACACAAAAGGAAGAAUUGUUGAUGAUGAGGGAAACCCAAUUGUUGAUGGUGGAAGGAAGAAAGGACAAUUAAUGUCCAGCAACCAGUACUGGAUUCCCAGAGUGAGGCUCCAAUUCGCUGCAGAGGACCCACAGAACUUUGCUAAACGUGUCUCAGAUUCAUUCAGAAUUCGUAAACACACAGAAGCUCUCCUACGUUAUAACUUGUAUAUAGACUGUAUGCCGAUGGAUGGUGUAGGAGAACUGGAUCAAGCGUCAUUGAAACGCAUGACUGAGUGGGCAAAAGGAGCACCUAAGCUAUCCAAGGAUAAAACUCUGGAAGACUACACCCAGGUGUUGGAGAAGGAAAUCAACAUUGACUUCUGCCGUUCCAUGAAUCGUGUGAUAUUUGACAAAACAGUGAAAGAAGACCCCACAACAUUUGCCUUUGUCACUCUCCCUGAUGACGUCCCUGUGGUUGUUCCAGAAAAAGCUUGCUGUAUGGACAUUCCCGAAUAUCCAUUUGAUGAGCAGUAUGAUAAUUUUGCCUUCAACUCACUGUUGACGCGUGAAGAGAGUAUUCAAGCAAUCGGGAAAGUGCGUACAGAGUGCAACAAAGUCUCUGCCAUGUCAUUAUUCCAUGUACCAAUGGCGAAACACAUGAGGUUGGAGGAAUUUGAACAGACACAAUCCCAGGCAACAUCUCAGGUUGCGCUUUUCUUGAAAGAUAGUUGGAUUACAACAUUAAGAGCGGCUAUACGUACUAGCCUAAGAGAUGUAGGGAAGGGAUGGUUCAAUAUCCACGAGACUAACUUUGAAGUCUACCAGAUCUCAAAAUUGAAGAAAUUCCAAGAGAUGGUCAAGUUUAACAUGCAGGACUCAUUGAGGUACCUGGUUCAAGACUCCCUAGUGAACUUCACUCAGAUGAUACUAGAUGCCUGCCAUGCUGUGCUAAAGAUAGCUGAUACAUUUGAGUGGCCUGAGAACGAUGUCAUACACACUCCAUUCAAACCCAAGAAGAAUGCACUAUUCCUAGUAGACCUGAUAUUGGACAAGGAUGGAGCCCAUUACAGUACCAACUUGAACAGUUUUGGGUCCACUUUGGUUGCAUUGUUUGAUAAAGGCAUUUCUUCUACCCAGAAUGUGCCACAACUAGAAAAGUAUAUACUGGAAGAGAUUUUCUGGUCUGGGACCCCUCUCCUGGAGUCAGUUGGAGAACACGAGCCUCCAGUGGAAGAACUGAGGAAUGCCAUUGUGAAUGCUGUCGCUCAGGCUUUAAUACCAAUGAAGUCAUAUGCAAGCUGCUAUGAGAAAUACUUGGAAAUCAACAAUCUAGACAUCAACAAAUAUGUCAAGGAGUACGAAGCUCAGGGUCACAGUGCAGCAGAAGUAAAGAGAGAAGUUGAAGACCACCUUGCAGAGAAGGAGGUGAUAGAGGCAACAUUACCCAGCAAUAUUGUCAUUGGACCAUUCUAUAUCAAUACAGAAAAUGUCCGUCAAGCACUGUCCAAGAAACGAAAGGCACUGGCCAAUGCCGUUUUGGAAUUGUUGGCCAGACAACUUAGGAAACAGGCUGAUGACGCUUGUGAAGAGUUUAAAGCAAUGAGCCGUAAGAUGUAUGACAAACCUAACUCUGUAGAAGAACUUGCUGAGUUGCGUGAAUGGAUGAAGGGAAUUCCUGAAAAGAUCAAAGAACAUCAAGAGCUGAUUGACAAAGCUAUGUCUGACUAUGAGCUUAUAGAAGAGUUCUAUUACAGUCUCUCACAGGAUGAAUUCAAUGCCAAAUGGACUGCUGUGGGGUGGCCUCACAAGAUAGAAAACCAAAUGGAAGCCACUUAUGAGCAGCUUGAUGAAGAUGAAGAGAGAUUCCGUAAACUACAGCUUACUGAUCAAGCUAACUUCAAUGACAGACUGGACACAUUGCAGAUGAUGGUUGCUGGGUUCGCAGCCCAUAGUGAUAUUAACCGUGCACAUGAAGUAGCCAAUGAGGUACGACGUGUUCACAAACAACUCAAAGAGGCCCAGACCCUUGCUGCCACCUAUAACAACAGAGAGAGACUUUUCGGAAUGCCCGUCACAAAUUAUGACAAGCUAGCGAAACUUGUCAGAGAUUUUGAACCGUUCCGCAACCUCUGGAUAACAACUUCUGAUUGGUUGAAAUGGCACGAGAGCUGGAUGAACGAUCCUCUGACUGCUAUAGAUGCUGAAAUGCUUGAGAAGAAUGUCAAUGAAUCUUACAAAACUAUGCAUAAAUCUGUGAAGAUAUUUAAUGAUAUACCAGGGGUACAACAGGUGGCUGUUGAGAUCAAAGGAUGGAUUGAAGAGUUCAAACCUUACAUACCUCUUAUACAGGGCCUCAGGAACCCAGGCAUGCGCAACAGACAUUGGGAACAGCUUUCUAAAGAUCUUGGCUUUGCUGUGCGCCCCAAGAAAGAGCUUACAUUCUCCAAGUGCCUGGAUAUGAAGUUGCAAGACCAUAUACAGAGCAUUGCCAAGGUGGCGGAGGUUGCUGGGAAAGAAUAUUCGAUAGAACAGGCCUUAGACAAGAUGGAAGGAGAAUGGGAGCCUGUCGUGUUUGAGGUAUUCCCAUACAAGGAGACGGGAACUUACAUCAUCAAGGCUUCAGAGGACACGUCACAGUUGCUAGACGACCACAUUGUGAUGACACAAAGCAUGUCUUUCUCACCAUACAAGAAGCCAUUUGAGGAGAGGAUCAGUAAUUGGGAGAACAGACUGCGGACAACUCAGGAUGUGUUGGAUGAAUGGCUGGUGUGUCAGAGGUCCUGGCUCUAUCUAGAGCCCAUCUUUAGCUCUGAGGACAUCAAUCGCCAGUUGCCUGUGGAGAGCAAGAGAUACCAAACAAUGGAGAGAUUGUGGAGGAAAAUCAUGAAAAACGCCAGAGAUAAUCCCCAGGUGAUCUCUCUGUGCCCAGACAACAGACUUCUAGACAAUCUCCGGGAGUGCAACAAACUUCUUGAACAAGUCCAGAAAGGUCUCAGUGAGUACCUGGAGACUAAACGUAACUCAUUCCCACGUUUCUACUUCCUCUCUGAUGACGAACUAUUGGAGAUCUUGUCGCAGACUAAGGAUCCUACUGCUGUGCAACCCCAUCUAAGGAAGUGUUUUGAGAAUAUUGCACGGUUGAAAUUUGAAGAUGACCUGAAGAUCACAUACAUGUACUCAGCUGAGGGGGAGGAUGUACCAUUACAGGAAGAGCUGUACCCUACUGGCAAUGUUGAGGACUGGAUGUUGGAGAUAGAACGUGUCAUGAGAGAGAGCGUGCGCUCGAUUAUUGGACAAGCAAUCAUUAAUUAUGCAGAGAUUCCAAGGACCAAGUGGGUUAUAAGCUGGCCAGGUCAGGUUGUGAUAGCAGGAGCACAGACCUAUUGGACCACUGAAGUCUCUGAAGCUUUAGAGAAGGGAGACUUGAAAGGACUUUAUCCUCAUCUGUUACAACAGUUGGAUGACUUGAGAGACCUGGUGAAGACUGAUCUAUCAAAGAAAGAACGUCAAACAUUGUCUGCUCUCAUUGUAAUAGAAGUACAUGCCAGAGAUGUCGUCAACAAAAUGAUCGAAGAGGAAGUCGAGAAUGUGAAUGACUUUGAAUGGAUCAGCCAAUUGAGGUACUAUUGGCUAGAGCAGAACUUGUAUAUAAGAGCCGUGAAUGCUGAGUUCUUGUAUGGUUAUGAAUACCUAGGAAACACAGGACGUCUCGUCAUUACGCCACUCACUGAUAGGUGUUACCUAACUUUAACUGGUGCCCUGCAUCUGAAAUUUGGAGGUGCCCCAGCUGGGCCUGCAGGAACAGGGAAGACUGAAACAACCAAGGAUCUUGCCAAAGCAAUGGCUAUACAGUGUGUUGUCUUUAACUGCUCAGAUCAGCUGGAUUACAUGGCUAUGGGCAAAUUCUUCAAAGGAUUGGCAAGCGCUGGUGCCUGGGCCUGUUUUGAUGAGUUCAAUCGUAUUGAUAUUGAGGUGCUGUCUGUGGUAGCCCAGCAAAUUACAACAAUACAGAAAGCUCAACAGCAAAGGGUUGACAGGUUCAUGUUUGAGGGUGUUGAGUUGGCUCUGAAGAAUUCCUGUGCUGUGUUCAUUACAAUGAACCCUGGCUAUGCUGGCAGGACAGAACUUCCUGAUAACUUGAAGGCCCUGUUUCGCCCUAUGUCCAUGAUGGUGCCAGAUUAUGCCCUGAUUGCUGAGAUCUCACUGUUUUCAUUUGGUUUCGCUGAUGCAAGAAUCCUCGCCAAGAAGAUCACCACCACCUUCAAGCUGUCCUCAGAACAGCUCAGCUCACAGGACCAUUAUGAUUUUGGAAUGCGUGCAGUGAAAUCUGUGAUCUCCGCAGCUGGAAACUUGAAGAGAACAAACCCAGAUAUGAAUGAGGAGCUGAUAACAUUAAGGGCCCUCAGGGACGUCAAUGUGCCCAAGUUCCUCAUGGAUGAUCUGAAACUCUUCAAUGGUAUCAUGUCUGAUCUCUUCCCCUCUAUCAAGGAAGAGCCUAUUGACUAUGGGGAACUUGAUAACGCUCUCAAGAAGAUAUGUACUAAGAUUGGAAUACAAGAUGUCGAUGGCUUUCUACACAAAUGCAUUCAGCUGUAUGAGACUACAGUUGUUAGACACGGUCUUAUGUUGGUUGGACCUACUGGAUCGGGAAAAACAAAGUGUUAUGAAGUGCUUCAGAAGACAAUGUCAGAGCUAAAAGGGACAAUGUCUCCAUCGGGAGACCCCUUUGAGAUGGUCCACACAUACGUCCUUAACCCUAAAGCUAUUUCUAUGGGUCAGUUGUAUGGAGAGUUUGACCCUAUGACCCAUGAAUGGACUGAUGGUAUUCUAUCUAGUCUGAUCCGUGGUGGGGUGUCAGCGGGGAAUUCAGACAAACGCUGGUACGUGUUUGAUGGCCCUGUAGAUGCAGUGUGGAUCGAGAAUAUGAAUACAGUGCUAGAUGAUAACAAGAAGCUGUGUCUCAGCAGUGGAGAAAUCAUCAAACUCUCUGAGGAGAUGACUAUGAUGUUUGAGGUACAGGAUCUGGCUGUUGCCUCCCCUGCUACAGUCAGUAGGUGUGGUAUGGUCUACUUGGAGCCCAGUAUUCUGGGACUAAACCCAUUUGUGGAGUGUUGGCUUCGCAAGUUGCCUGAUGCCAUAUAUGACCAUAGGCCAAAACUACAGGAGCUCUUUGACUUCUAUCUUGAGGACUCCAUUGCCUUCCUGCGAUCCAACAUGAAAGAGAUUGUCCCUAGUAUGGACAGCAACUUGACCUUCAGUUUACUCAAAACUAUGGACUGUUUCUUCUCACCCUUCAUCCCCAAAGAGGGUGAACAGCCGAUCCCUGAGGAGCGUCUUGAAAGGAUCGCUGAGUUGAUUGAGCCAUGGUUUAUCUUCUCUCUCGUGUGGACAGUUGGUGCCACUUGUGACAAUGACAGUCGUGUCAAGUUUGAUAAGCACAUCCGUGAGAGAAUGAAGACAAACAAUGUAAAGCUGCCAUUCCCUGAUGAAGGCCUGGUCUAUGACUACCAACUAGAUGAUGCUGGUAUCUCACUAGCGGGAAAAGAUGAUGGCGACGAUGACGAAGAUGGAGCUCCUAAGAAGAAAGAGGUUCAUUGGUUUGGCUGGAUGGACAGAAUGCCUGAUUUUGUAAUCCAACCAGAGACCAAGUUCUCAGAUAUCAUUGUGCCAACCCUGGACACUAUCAGAUCAGCAUAUGUACUUGAGAUGCUGCUGACCAACAAUAAAACAGUUCUCUGUGUUGGACCAACUGGGACAGGCAAGACUCUUGCCAUAGCUGACAAACUCACACGAAACAUGCCAAAGGAAUAUGUCCCAGAAUUCAUUGUGUUUUCUGCUAAAACUAGUGCCAACCAGACACAGGAUCUCAUUGACGGGAAACUUGACAAGAGACGUAAAGGUGUGUUCGGUCCACCAUUAGGGAAAUACUUCAUCUUCUUUGUGGAUGACUUGAACAUGCCAGCUCUGGAAGAAUAUGGAGCUCAACCACCUAUAGAGCUUAUAAGGCAGUGGAUGGAUUUCAAGGGUUGGUAUGAUCGUAAGUCUAUCGGUGACUUCCGUAACUUGGUUGAUGUAAGCUUCUGUUGUGCCAUGGGUCCCCCAGGGGGAGGCAGGAAUCCUGUGACCCAGAGACUUAUGAGACAUUUCAACUAUAUUGCAUUUACGGAACUUGAAGACUCUUCAAAGCAGAGGAUCUUUGGGACCAUUCUCAAAUCUUGGAUAGCAAAUUCACCAAACAUCAAGGAGCACUGUGAUAAAAUAACAGCAGUAUGUAUUGAUGUCUUCAACACCAUCACCACCCAACUGCUACCAACUCCAGCCAAAUCUCACUACACAUUCAACUUGAGAGAUCUCUCAAAGGUCUUCCAAGGUCUCCUCAUGGGAGAGGCUGAUAAAAUAGAUAGUAUCGAAAGCAUGUUACGCAUCUGGUACCACGAGAGCUGCAGAGUCUUCCAAGAUCGUCUUGUCAAUGACGAAGAUCGUGACUGGUUCGAGAAUCUCAUGAAAUCAAAGAUGAAAUCUGAGUUCAGUGUAGAUUACAGUGACGUUGUUGUUCAAACCCCUGUGUUAUAUGGCGACUUUAUGAACACUAAUGUUGAUGCUAGGGUAUAUGAGGAGUUGACGGAGCAUGAUAAGAUGACGAAGCAGAUUGAGGAUUACCUGGACGACUACAACCAAGUGAACACAUCCCGCAUGAACCUUGUCAUGUUUAUGGAUGCCAUCAGACAUCUCUGUCGCAUCAGUCGUAUUAUGAGACAACCCCUGGGCAAUGCCCUCCUGUUGGGCAUGGGUGGGAGUGGAAGACAGAGUCUCACUAGGCUGGCAGCUUACAUGGCUGAGUAUGACUGUUUCCAAAUAGAACUAUCAAAGAACUAUGGAGUGACUGAGUGGAGAGAUGACUUGAAGAGCAUGAUGUUGAAGGCUGGCAUGGAGAACAAAGCAAUGGUCUUCCUGUUCAGUGAUACACAGAUCAAGAAUGAGUCAUUCAUGGAGGAUUUGAACAACAUUCUCAAUGCAGGAGAUGUGCCUAACAUCUAUGGUGUGGAUGAAUUAGAUCAGAUCUACACUGCUAUGAAGCCUAUGGUUGUAGAUGGAGGCAUGCAGCCCACCAAGACAAACAUGUUUUCAGCCUACACCAAACGUGUGCGCAGUAAUCUACAUACUGUUAUCACAAUGAGUCCCAUUGGUGAGAUAUUCCGUGCCCGUCUGCGUCAAUUCCCCGCUCUUGUGAACUGCUGUACAAUUGAUUGGUUCAGUCAGUGGCCAGAGGAAGCCCUGAGGUCUGUGGCUUUAAGAUCACUGAAUGAUAACCCUGAUUUAGAUGUAGCUGAUGACACACUCAAUGGACUGGUUUCCAUGUGUGGCAUCAUCCACCAGUCAGUGUUCAACAACUCACUCAAAUUCAAGGCAGAGCUGAACAGGCAGAACUAUGUAACUCCCACAAGCUACCUAGAAUUACUUGGGAUAUUCUCUAAGCUGGUCUCUGUCAAGAAAGUUGAGAUUACAACUGCAAGAAAUAGAACAAAGACUGGUCUUGAUAAGUUGUUAACCACAGCAGAUGAAGUGGCAGUGAUGCAAGAAGAACUGGAGUCCAUGCGCCCCCUAUUGGAGGAAGCUGUCCAGGAGUCUGUUGUUACCAUGGAGAAAAUAUCCAAAGAUACUAUUGUGGCUGAAGAGACCAAGUCCACUGUACAAAAGGAAGAGGCAGGUGCUGCAGAGAAAGCAAAGGAAACACAAGCAAUUGCAGAUGAUGCACAGAGAGAUCUGGCUGAGGCCCUACCUGCCCUUGAUGCGGCUGUUGCUAGUCUGAAGUCUCUGAACAAGAAUGACGUCAUUGAAGUGCGUGCUAUGCAACGUCCCCCAGAGGGUGUCAAGAUGGUCAUUGAGGCUGUCUGUAUUAUGAAAUCUAUUAAGCCUAAGAAAGUGGCAGGUGAUAAGCCUGGCCAAAAAAUUGAUGACUAUUGGGAGGUGGGUAAAGGAAUGCUGCAGGACCCAGCUAAGUUCUUGGACAGUCUCUUCAAGUAUGAUAAAGAUGCCAUCUCUGAUGCCAUCAUUGGAAAGAUUCAGCCAUACAUUGACAAUGAGGCAUUCACUCCUUCUGCUAUAUCCAAGGUAUCCAAAGCGUGUACAUCUCUGUGCCAGUGGACACAGGCUAUGCACAAGUACCAUUUCGUGGCCAAGGGUGUAGCUCCAAAGCGUGCUGCUCUUGCUCUGGCACAGACAGACCUGGCAGAGACUCAGAAGAUCCUUGAUGCAGCUAAGAAGAAAUUGAAUGAAGUAGAAGAGGGAAUUGCCACCCUGCAGGCAAAGUAUGAUGACUGUGUGCGUAAGAAGGAUGAACUUGAGAACAAGUGCGAAGAGUGUGAGGCACGUCUCAUCAGAGCUGAUAAACUGAUUGGAGGUUUGGCUGAUGAAAAGGGCAGAUGGCAGGACUCUGUAGCAAGACUUCAGGCCAUGGUGAAAAAUAUCAUUGGAGAUGCUUUAGUGGCAGCUGGUGGUGUAGCCUAUCUGGGACCUUUCACUGGUGAAUACCGAACAGACAUGAUGGAGUCAUGGAUCUCUAACCUGGCAGCCAACCAUGUACCUUUCAACGAGGGCUGUAGCUUGGUGAGCACCCUCAGUGAGCCAGUCAAAGUGAGAGCCUGGCAGAUCUCUGGCCUUCCAAAGGACAAUCUCUCAGUGGAGAAUGGUGUCAUUGUUCAGUAUUCCCGCAGGUGGCCAUUGUUUAUUGAUCCUCAGGGUCAAGCUAAUAAGUGGGUGAAAAAUAUGGAAAAAGACAAUGGAAUAGAUGUGAUAAAGCUGUCAGACAGAGAUUUCUUACGUAGUUUAGAGAACGCUGUGAGAUUUGGUAAACCAUGCCUUAUGGAGAAUGUUGGUGAGGAACUUGAUCCUGCUCUGGAGCCAAUCCUACUGAGGCAGACAUUCAAACAGUCUGGUAGUCUUGUGAUAAAGCUUGGAGAUGCUGUUAUACCCUACCAUGAGGACUUUAAGUUCUACAUCACCACUAAGCUACCUAACCCUGUAUACACACCUGAGGUGUCCACCAAAGUCACUCUAGUCAACUUUACACUUUCUCCAAGUGGCCUGGAGGACCAACUCCUGGGUAUUGUGGUCGCUGAGGAGAGGCCAGAUCUUGAAGAGGCCAAGAACCAACUGAUUAUCAGCAAUGCAAAGAUGAAGAGCGAGUUAAAGGAGAUUGAAGAUAAGAUUUUGGAAAGGCUGAGUGCAUCAGAGGGAAGCCCUGUAGAUGAUAUAGAUCUCAUAAAUGUUUUGGAAGCUUCCAAGAUAAAGUCCCAGGAAAUUAAGGCUAAGGUGGUAGUAGCUGAGCAGACAGAGAAAGACAUUGAUGAGACACGUAGUCAGUACAUCCCUGUAGCUGUGAACACACAGAUUCUCUUCUUCUGCGUGGCUGACCUUGCAAACAUUGACCCUAUGUACCAAUACUCCCUUGAGUGGUUCAUCAAUAUAUUCCUUGGUGGUAUUGCUAAUGCAGAGCGGGCAGACAAUCUCCCAGCUAGGAUCAAGAACAUCAAUGAUUACUUUACAUUCAGUCUCUAUAGCAACGUGUGUCGCAGUCUCUUUGAGAAAAACAAACUGUUGUUUGCUUUGCUUGUCUGUAUCAGGAUUCAACAACAUGAAGGCAAGAUAAACAUGGAUGAGUGGAGAUUCCUAUUAUCAGGGGGAACAAAUAAACCAAAGGAGAUGCCUAACCCUGCUUCAGAGUGGCUGUCUGAUAGAUCCUGGGGGGAGAUCCUCACCCUCCCCUCCCUCAAGACAUUCAGCAACUUCGCUGAUGACUUCUCAAACCAUUUGAAAGGUUUUAAGAGGAUCUUUGAUAGUGUUGAGCCACAGAAGGAGGAGCUACCAGGUGAUUGGCAGAAAGAUAUAGAUGAUUUCCAACGACUCUUAAUCCUCAGAUGUCUGCGUUCCGACAGGCUCACAAAUGCUAUGCAAGAUUAUGUCGCCACUCAUCUUGGUCAGCGAUUUAUUGAGCCACAGACCUCAGAUCUCUCACUUGUGUAUAAGGACUCAUCCCCCACUACCCCACUGAUCUUUGUACUCUCUAUGGGUACGGACCCUGCUGCCGAUCUCUAUAAAUUUGCAGAUGAGAUGAGAUUUGCGAAGAAGUUGAGUGCUAUUUCCCUUGGACAGGGACAGGGCCCUAGGGCUGAGGCCAUGAUGCGUAGUGCCAUGGAAAGGGGCAAAUGGGUGUUUUUCCAGAAUUGUCAUCUUGCCCCCAGCUGGAUGCCUUCUCUAGAGAGGCUCAUUGAACAGAUAGACCCUGAUAAGGUUCACAGAGACUUCCGACUCUGGCUUACCAGUAUGCCAAGCCCAAAGUUCCCUGUUUUUAUCCUACAAAAUGGCUCCAAAAUGACAGUGGAGCCCCCUAGAGGAAUUAAAGCAAACUUAAUGAAAUCAUACACCAAUCUCAGUGACGAAUACUUGAACUCCUGUGGAGAAAAGAAUAUUGAGUAUCGCCAUCUACUGCUGUCUUUGUGCCUGUUCCAUGGUGUCGUCAUUGAAAGACGCAAGUUCGGCGCUCUCGGCUUUAAUAUCCCAUACGAUUUCACUGAUGGUGAUUUGAAGAUUUGUAUGAGUCAAUUGAAAAUGUUCCUGGAGGAAUAUUCCGUCACUCCAUAUAAGGUGCUAAAGUACACUGCUGGUCACAUCAACUAUGGAGGGAGGGUGACUGAUGAUUGGGACAGACGUUGUAUGAUGAACAUUCUUGAAGACUUCUACCACCCUGUAGUUGUGGAUGAGAACCAUGUGUACUCAGAGUCAGGCAUAUACAGACAGAUUAAUGCAGAGAAUGACCAUGCGGCAUAUAUGGCAUAUAUCAAAUCUCUCCCAAUUAACGAUACACCAGAAAUCUUCGCUCUCCAUGACAAUGCCAACAUCACAUAUGCUCAGAAUGAGACGUUUGCUCUUCUCGGUGGCCUAGUGAAACUACAACCAAAGAGUGCAUCAGGUGCUGGAAAAUCAAGAGAGGAGAUCAUGGAAGAAACUGCCAAACAAGUCCUGAAGGAGGUGCCCCAACCAGUUGACCUUGAAGCUGUAAUCAAGAAAUACCCUGUCAUGUAUGAACAGUCAAUGAACACUGUAUUAACACAGGAGGUCAUUAGGUACAAUCGUCUAUUGGUUGUAAUCAAGAAGAGUUUAGAAGACUUAUUGAAGGCAUUGAAGGGUCUGGUAGUGAUGUCCCAAGCCCUGGAAGACAUGGCCAACAGUCUCUUCAUCAACUCAGUGCCUUCUAUGUGGGCAGGCAAGGCCUACCCAUCACUGAAGCCCUUAGCCUCUUGGGUGACAGAUCUGGUGGCCAGGAUGGCCUUCAUACAAAAGUGGAUAGAUGAUGGCAUCCCUUCUGUAUUCUGGAUCUCUGGUUUCUUCUUCCCCCAAGCUUUCCUGACUGGAACAUUGCAGAACUUUGCAAGGAAACACAAGAUCUCUAUAGACACCAUAAGCUUUGGAUUCAAGGUUAUGAGAGAAGCUGCCGCAGAGUUAAAGGAAGGACCAGAUGAUGGCUGUUACAUCUAUGGUCUGUUCAUGGAGGGGGCAAGAUGGGACUUUGUGGAACACCAACUGACUGAAUCUCGUCCCAAGGAGUUGUACACUGACUUCCCUCCCAUGUGGCUGGUUCCUACACCUAACAGGGUACCCCCCAAGGAAGGCUUCUAUGUAUGCCCUGUCUACAAAACACUAACAAGAGCAGGUACAUUGUCAACUACGGGUCUGUCAACAAACUUUGUGUCACCAGUAGAGAUCCCUACGGACAAGAAACAAAAUCAUUGGAUAAAGAGAGGCGUGGCCUUACUCUGUGCCCUUGACUACUAGAAAUCUCAAAUACUGGACAAUCUAAAAUAGGCUGUAACAAUAAAAAUAACUGUAUGUGGACACAUUGGAUCAAACUGAACUUUUUCAGAAAAUACCCUCUCAGUGUUUUCAACAGUACAUACUAUACACUGAGUAUUAUGUGUAUAUUUAUACAAUUAGACCUAAAAAUGCAAUUGGACCCCAAAUCCUUGAAAAGCAGCAUGAUGCUUAUAUACAUUCAAUCACAAAGAAGCAAUGACCAAAGAAAGCAAACUGAAUCACAAUUAAUUUUUAAUUGCAUCACUUUAAAAUCUGUUUCAUCAUUUAAUAGUUUCAGAAUUUGAUGAGUGCUUCUGUAUUAUGUCUUUCCCAGCUGUCUGUAUCUUUUCAUAGAAUUUUUAUAAUAUUUCAAUUAAAAUGCAACUUCAGCACAUCGUGGGCAUUGAUUUUCCAUUUAUUCAAUACAUGCUUCUAUGAAUAUGCAGCAUAUGAAACAAUUUUUGGAUAGCCUAAUUAUUUUUUCAAACAUUGAGUUUUUUUUGUGAAAAGCUAUUUGCUAUGCAAUUUAUUGAUUCUGGUAACAGAUGUAGAAACUGCAUUCCAUUAUACAUUAAGCAUUAAGUGUUUUUUAAAACUAAAUCAUAUAUUUUAAUGGUGACCUGUAUUAAAUAUUGAGCAUAGGCCAUCAAUUGUAUUGACUAAAACAAGUAUAAGGGAGGGGGGUUAAAAGGUGAUACUAACUCAGGCAUUGUUGAUUCCAUCCAAAUAAAAAACAAAUACAGAUGAUAUUUGAAAAAAAUCAUCAAUAAGCUAUUAAUUCCGUCCUUAAUUUACUGCACAUCUACUCUGAUACUUUUACUGGUGUAUUAUAUGAGAAUUCGUCUUAUUUUUAUAUUUAUUGAUUUUCAAAAUAUGAUUUUGUUGAUUUUUAUAUUUUGAUACUGGUCAUGAUGAAUAUAAAUAUUUACAAAAUAUGUAUGAACACUGAGCAAGAUUGUAUGAUUGUUUUUCAGAACAUAUCAUUAUAAUUGUGCAUUAGUCAAAAUGUCUUGUUUAUUUCUACUUUUCCGUCCAAAAUAUCUGUGAUAUAAAAAACAGGUUAUUUAUAGAGUUAACAUGAAAUUUUUCUAUGGAUGUUAUUAAUAUAUUUG